CCGACAACGACGACGAGAAUUGUUUCAAAAAAAAAAAAAAAAAAAACCAAAACAAACAAGUGGUUGUCCAGUCAUUCGGCGGACGCAUAACCGUACGAACAAAGUUUUGUCGAUCCGCUCCGGUGAAGUUUUCCGACGGGGUUAGGUCAUCUCACUUUCAGGUGUUUUCGCAAAAAACAAAUUAAAAAAAAAUUCCCCGGUCGUCGAAUAGUAUACAUACAGCGGUUGGACUUGAAGGAAUACAAUACCAAUAAUAAUAGAGCAAAACGCCGCGACAGGACGUCCACGACGAUCAGGCGUUUGCUGUUUGUUCAAACUAUGAUGAUGCAUAAGAUGUGACGUCACUCGAGAUGGUGCACACAGGUACGGUGCUGAUAAGCGCCAUAAAAUUGGCCACCAAAUUAGUCGGCGGUGGAAAGUUAUUGUUCCUGCCCACGUUCCUGGCCGCCUUGGCGUAUUACAAUUAUGACCUGUACGACCCUGAGAGUCGGCUGGUGAACGAGAAGAACUUGAGAGCGGAAUAUGACUUCGUCGUGGUGGGCGGUGGUUCGGCCGGUGCCGUUGUCGCCAACCGUUUGUCGGAGAACCCCGAAUGGAACGUGCUGCUGCUGGAGGCCGGCGGGCCCGAGUCCGAGCUGACAGACGUGCCGGCCAUUUCCCUGUACUUACACGGCAGCAAGUAUGACUGGAAGUACAAGACGCAGCCGGCCGAUUCGGCUUGCCAGGCGAUGAAGGGCAAAAGGUGUUGCUGGACUCGGGGCAAAGUCAUAGGAGGCUCCAGCGUGCUCAACACCAUGUUGUACGUGCGGGGCAACAGGAGGGACUACGACAACUGGGCCAGCAUGGGCAAUCCAGGAUGGUCGUUCGAAGAAGUGCUUCCUUACUUCAAAAAAUCCCAAGACCAACGCAACCCGUACUUGGCCAAAAACACCAAGUACCACGCGACCGGCGGUUACCUGACCGUGCAAGACGCCCCUUGGAACACUCCUCUCGGUAUUGCGUUUUUGCAAGCCGGCGAGGAAAUGGGGUACGAGAUCAGGGACACCAACAGCGAGAUCCAGACGGGUUACGGGCUGUACCAGUUCACCAUGCGCCGGGGUUACCGAUGCAGCACUUCCAAGGCGUUCCUGCAGCCCAUAAGACUCAGAAGGAACCUGCACGUGGCCUUGUGGUCGCACGUCACCAAAGUGCUGAUCGACGCCGAAAGCAAAAGAGCCUACGGCGUGGAGUUCGAGCGGGACGGCAAGAAGAGAACGGCGCUGGCCAAAAGGGAGGUGGUGGUGUCGGCCGGCGCCAUCAACACGCCGCAGUUGCUGAUGCUUUCCGGUGUUGGACCGGAAGCGCAUCUCAAAAGUAUCGGCGUACCGGUGGUCCAUCAUUCACCGGGGGUCGGCGAAAACCUCAUGGACCACGUGGCCGUCGGCGGUAUCUUAUUCCCAAUCGACUUUCCCGUCAGUCUGGUGAUGAACCGCGUGGUUAACAUCCCGGCGGCUCUAAGGUAUGCCGUACUGGGCGAAGGGCCGUUAACGUCGUCCAUCGGUUUGGAAACUGUGGCGUUCAUAACGACCAAAUACGGCAACCAGUCGGACGACUGGCCGGACAUCGAGUUCAUGUUGACGUCCACGUCGACCAAUUCGGACGGCGGCACGGCCGCCAGGAAGGCGCAUUGUCUGCGCGACGAGUUCUACAACGAAUAUCUGGCCGACCUGAACAACAAGGACGUGUUCGGCGUGUUCCCCAUGUUGUUGAGGCCCAAGAGCCGGGGCCGGAUACUGUUGCGCAGUAAUAACCCGCACCAAUACCCAUUGUUGUACCACAAUUACUUCUCGGACAUCGAAGACUUGCGGGUGCUCAGGGAAGGCGUCAAGGCGGCCGUGGCCGUUGGGGAGACCACGGCCAUGAAAAGGUUCGGCGCCCGGUUCCACGCCAGGCCAGUUCCCGGUUGCAAACACCUCGAACUGUUCACCGACGAGUACUGGGAGUGCGUCGUCCGACAGUACACCAUGACCAUUUACCACAUGUCCGGUACCGCCAAAAUGGGUCCGGCCAACGAUCCUAUGGCGGUGGUCGAUCCCAGUCUAAGGGUGUAUGGUGUCCAAGGGCUUAGAGUGAUCGACGCCAGCAUAAUGCCUCAGAUCACCAACGGUAACAUCAACGCCCCGGUGAUCAUGAUUGGCGAGAAAGGAUCCGACAUGAUCGUCAACUACUGGAAAGGGGUGGACGUGAAAAGGAGAAAACGCAUGAACGCCUCGAACGUCACUGUCAGCUAGUCUAAGACGACUGUUUUCCUGUGCUUUGGGCACGAUAUAAGAUAAUGAUGAUAUGGUUGCCCAAAGGUCUACGAGAAUAUUCUCAUCUCACGGCCCCGAAGUCGAUCCAAAAAAAAUACAUCUGUUUUUCAACCAAUCGUAAUGCGUUUUUAUAAUUUUUUAAACAGUGAUUGUAAUCACAAUUUGUGCAAGUUGAAAAUGUCGUCCGCUUGGAACGCUAGUCGCUACUCGAGAGUUUGUAAUUUGUAUAAGAUUGACUUCGGGGGUCACUUUAUGGGCGACCAUAUUAUCUUAAAUCGUGGCCUUAGGUUAGAAACACAUUACAAAAAAAAAAAAAAAAAAACCAAAAUUAAAA